UUCGUUGUAUAGUAAUUAAAUAUAGUAGAAACAUUUAUAUUAAUAUUAUUUAACAUUAGUAGAUAUUAUAAUAAUAUCUAGGAAAUUUUCAAAAUGAAGUCUGAAUAUGUUAAAAGCAUGGAAAAUACUGUGUUUUAUAAAAGUUUUGUUCAGAGUUUAAAAGGAGAUUCCUCAAAUCUUAAAAAGGGUGAUCAAGUCUCACAACAAAUUGAGAAAUUAUCCUCUGGACUUAAUUUCAUAUCAACAGAAUUGCAAAGCAAGAUUUGUGAACAGCACAAUGCACUACUUACGCAAGCUAGUCACUCUGGACAGCUGGAUAACAUUUUAGAAGCCGUAAAAUCACACGCCAGUAGUAUAAAAUUGAGUGCAUCAGAAAUAAACUUGCGGAUUACAGAUUUGAACACAAAAUUAGAAUUGUUAACAAAGACUUUGAAAAAUUUACAUAUAACAUCACAGAUUUUGCAGAUGGUAAGUUGGUUCUUACAGAACUUCAGAGAAUUGCAACUUUUAACAGAUUCUACUAAUCAAGCACAAAUCCUUGCUGAGUUAGAGUUUAUAAGUGAGGACAUAAAUCUUAGUAGGGUAGAUAUUGUGAAACAUCAGUGCUCUGCUGUUAUUAAAAUACGACAGGAUGUCCUUGAUGGAGCUGCUGGAGAACUACAAAAAGGACUCAAUACUUUUAAUAUACAGCAGAUUCGAUCUAGCUUACAAAUUUUUUCUAACUUAAAUUUCUUGAAUACUGCUCUAAAUACUCUGCUCACAAAUUUGUUUACUGAUAUUGAGCAAAUGGUAAACUUAGCUUUGAAUGCGGGAGCUAAUUUAAUGAUGCCACCUACUCACAAGAAUUCCAAAGAGACAGAAUUUCUAGAGACACCGGCAAUCAAUCACGACUAUAAAGUUAAAUUAUGGACAGAAGUUGACCAACUCUUUUGUGAAGGCUUGCAUAGGCCUUGUAAACAAGUUCAACUAUUGGAUAAAAUUAUCAAUGAUGAAAAUUUGUUAUCGAAUAAGAGAAAUUUGAUGGCAACACUCUGGGAAAAGUUGCAUUUAGUCUUAAAAUCGGGUUUUAAAAAUGCUUCAUCUAAUGCAUGGCAUAAUUUAGAACUGGAAUUACCAAGACUAGUUGGAGCAGCGGGUACCCUUGAAGAAAAAUUGGGGAAGAAAUAUAUGUUUAAUUCAGAAUUAUUUCAACCGUUUGAAUCAGGAUAUGUUAAUAGAUGCCAGAAUAACUUGCAUGCAUGUUUUCACAAUAUAGUUGUACCUAAUUAUGAUGUAAUAGACACAUUAAUAAGAACAUCUACUGCAGAACUCAGUGCGGCGAUUGUUAAUAAAAAUCUUAGUAGCAAAAUAUUAUUGUUAGUAAAUGAAGAAAAUGCAUAUUUCUGGGAUUUAGUAGAGGCUGCCAUAAAAAAAACACCUGAAGCUGCACAAAUUGUUGAUUCACCAAAUGCAUUGCAGCUUUCAAAUAUAUUUCUUGCUAAUGUAACAUUUUAUCACAUGGAGCAAAUGAGAAAUAUGCAUUGCAAUUUAGGUUCAAAUCUUCCGGAAGAAGAAGGUGAUACAUUUUUGGCAGAUUUAUCAAGGGGAGAUAUUUUGAUAAGCAAUAUAAUUGAACCUUUAAAAAAGUCGAUAGAAAAUUGUAUAUAUGCAAUUCUUAUAAGUCUUCAUCAGGAUCCAAGCUUAAAUAAUAAUUCAGUCAAUUCUACUGGGCCUUCACUAUACAUGAAAGAGUUACAGCAAUUUAUUGCACGAGUAAAGAAAUUGCAUUUAAAUCCAUACAAUGAUCUAAAUACUGUUAGCAAAUGUUGUAAUGAGUUGGCUAUACGAUGCAUCGAUCAAUUUAUAUUUAAUGUUUGCUGUGUAAGACCUCUAACAACAAUGGGUAGAAAAAAACUUGUAUCAGACUGCAGUCAUCUUGAGAUGGCUUUAAAGCCAUUUGUUAAUGGAUUAGGACAAUUGGGAACCCCUUAUAAGUGCUUACGUUCACUAUCUGUAGCAUUAGAUCUGCCACCUCAAUCUGUAACUUUAGAUGGAACUUUGAGGGCUUCUACAGUAUUGAUGCUUCUAUUUUCUCAUGCUGGUACAGAGUUAAAUUCUCCACAUGUAGCACUGGGCUGGAACAUAGAAAAGUUUUCAUCAUGGUGGGAGUCCCACACUUUAGAAAAAGACAGAUUGGAAAUGAUUUUGGGAGCUCUUCAAAAAUAUGAAACAACAAUUAGACAGAAGAAAAAUGCUUAUUAUGAUCCUGUAUACUCCAUUAUAUCUCGACUUAUAAAAUCAGUUAUGCAAUAAAGUAUUACAUAAAAUUAUAAUAAAAAAUAAUCAAGCAAGAAAUUAAAACAAGAGUUAGUAUAUAGUGAAUUAUGUAUAAAUUGAUAGAAUAGCUCCAUCAAUAAUAAAUAGGGUAAUUUAUCAGAAUGAAAUCAUUCAUUAAUAAUUUUAAUUAUGAAAGUUAAUUUAGUAGUUGAAUUGUUAUUAAUGUUCAACUACUGUGU